CCUGUCAAAUUGACAGCUCGCAAAGCAGUUUUCCCUAAAAAAUGUCUACGUAGUUCUUUUUUCUUUUACAAAAAGCAAUUGCGAUAAGAAAACUCUAACUGUUAGAUCAUUUCGUUGGCUGUUUUGAAACUUUGUCAUCGCGUAGAGAUGAGCUCUUUCAAACCUUACCAGAAGCCUCCAUUUUUCACCGCAGAAUUUCCAGUCAAACAAAAGUCAGAGAUUGGUAUAGAAAGUAAAACAUCAAAAAUCAACUAUAUGGAGAGAACACUAGAAAAUGGAAAUGUUGUGAAGAUUCAAGUCGUUAAUGAAAAUGCGGUACGAACUUUGUUAGCUAAUGGAUUUAAGAAAAGUUACCCGGCUCCCGAAGAAGAAACUGCCAUUGAAACGGAUCCUGAAAAUACUCAACACGUCAUUUGCCGCCCCUCGCCAAUUUUACCGUGCUUCAAAAACUUUACUCCUUUCACACUGGCAUCAUUCCUGCAACCAGGACUGGAAGAAAUUUUGCAGUACCAAGCAGAAAAACGGUCUGGUUGUAUCAAAUCAACUCAUAGCCCUACAUCGGAAGAAAUGUAUAUUGCGGCCGUUAAAGAUAAUCCAUAUCCUCAAAUCAAGUCUAAAAAGCAAAAAGCUCUUCGUGGCAGAUUUCCAAGGGCGUCGCAAAAAUCUGUGCUUGAGCAAAUUAUGGUGGACGCGGAGAAAAAUGCAAGCGAGCGGGAAGAAAUGGUCAGAGCAAGUACAGUCAUCCGAUACCGACAUAGUUCAACUUAAAACCAAUUUGGAUUGUUCUUAUGACAAAUAAA